UAGCCAAUUGCGCGGCACGAGAUAAUAAUGCCGGAAUAACGGCAGUCGACUGGCGAUCCAAAGAUUGACUGCGGCACAGGAAGCACCCUCGCCGUCGACGCGAUUGAUCUGGAUCAAACCUCACGCCCACACCCACCGCACCCUCUCUCCCCUCCUCGAACGCGCCGCCGGUUUCGAUCCGCCGGGACGAUACGAUGCUUCGACAGACUCUGGCUCGUUCGGCUUGGCGGACUGGCAGACACGCCCUCAAUGCCCCGAGGGCUUUUUCCGCCACUGCCCAGCGUCCAGCCGAGGUAGAGCUCACAAUUGACGGAAAGAAGGUGUCAAUAGAAGCUGGCUCUGCUCUUAUUCAGGCAUGCGAGAAAGCGGGAGCUACCGUUCCAAGAUACUGCUACCAUGAGAAGCUCAUGAUCGCCGGUAACUGCCGCAUGUGCCUGGUGGAAGUCGAGAAGGCGCCGAAGCCGGUAGCGUCGUGUGCAUGGCCCGUUCAGCCAGGCAUGGUGGUCAAAACCAACUCGCCGCUCACCCACAAGGCGCGAGAGGGCGUCAUGGAGUUCCUUCUGGCCAAUCACCCUCUUGACUGUCCCAUCUGUGAUCAGGGCGGAGAGUGCGACCUGCAAGACCAGUCGAUGAGGUAUGGGGCUGACAGAGGGCGCUUCCACGAGAUCGGAGGCAAGCGCGCUGUCGAGGACAAGAACAUUGGACCUCUGAUCAAGACCUCGAUGAACCGCUGUAUCCACUGCACCCGGUGUGUCCGAUUUGCGAACGACAUCGCCGGCGCCAACGAGAUGGGCUCAUCCGGCCGUGGCAACGAUCUCCAAAUUGGAACCUACUUGGAGAAGAACCUGGACUCGGAACUUUCGGGCAAUGUUAUUGAUCUGUGCCCCGUCGGCGCUCUGACUUCGAAGCCAUAUGCGUUCAAGGCCCGCCCAUGGGAGCUGAAGAAGACCGAGUCUAUCGAUGUCCUCGACGCACUCGGUUCCAGCAUCCGAGUCGACUCGCGCGGCCUCGAGGUCAUGCGCAUUCUCCCGAGACUCAAUGAUGACGUCAACGAGGAGUGGAUCAACGACAAGACUCGAUUUGCCUGUGACGGCCUUCGCACCCAGCGACUGACCAUCCCGUUGGUCCGGCGCGAGGGCAAAUUUGAGCCCGCCUCGUGGGAGCAGGCUCUUACCGAGGUGGCCGAGGGUUACGCCAAGGCUGCGCCCAAGGGCAACGAGUUCAAGGUCAUAGCCGGUCAGCUGACAGAAGUCGAAUCGCUUGUUGCUAUGAAGGAUCUCGCCAACAAGCUGGGCUCCGAGAACCUGGCUCUCGACAUGCCAUCGGGAGGGCAGCCCCUUGCGCACGGCGUCGACGUCCGCUCCAACUACCUGUUCAACUCCAGGAUAGCCGGCAUUGAGGAGGCCGACGCUAUCCUGAUCGUUGGCAGCAACCCUAGGCAUGAGGCCGCGGUUCUGAACGCUCGCAUCAGGAAACAAUGGCUCCGCUCCGACCUCGAGAUUGGUGUUGUGGGCGAGUCAUGGGACUCGACGUUUGAGUUUGAGCACCUCGGCGUCGAUGCCGACGCCCUGAGGAAGACUCUGGCUGGGCCAUUUGGCAAGAAACUGCAGAUCGCCAAGAGGCCAAUGAUCAUCAUGGGGUCUGGAGUUACGGAUCAUCCUGACGCCAAAGCCAUGUAUGAGCUUGUGGGCGCCUUCGUCGACAAGAACGCAUCCAGCUUCCUGACCAACGAGUGGAACGGUUAUAACGUUCUGCAGCGGGCGGCCUCAAGAGUCGGCGCUUUUGAGGUUGGCUUCGUGACCCCCUCGGCCGCGGUUGCCGAGACCAAGCCCAAGUUUGUGUGGUUGCUCGGUGCCGACGAGUUCUCCGUGGCAGACAUCCCCAGGGACGCAUUCGUUGUCUACCAGGGCCAUCACGGAGACAAGGGUGCCGAGAUUGCGGACGUGGUGCUCCCCGGCGCGGCUUAUACAGAGAAGACUGGCACAUAUAUCAACACCGAGGGCCGUGUGCAGAUGACGAGGGCCGCCACGUCGCUCCCCGGAGCUGCCCGGGCCGACUGGAAGAUCAUUCGUGCGGCUAGCGAAUUCCUCGGCGCCCCCCUGCCGUUUGAUGACGUGACAGCUGUGCGCGAGCGCAUGGUUGAGAUCAGCCCGGCCCUUGCCGCAUACGACGUCGUCGAGCCCGUGGCCCUCCAGCAAUUGAGCAAGGUGCAGCUCGUCGACCAGAACAAGGGCACCAAGGUGACUGGCAAGCCGCUCAAGAAGGUCAUCGAUAACUUCUACUUCACCGAUGUGAUCUCAAGGAGCUCGCCCACCAUGGCCCGGUGCUCAGCAGCCAAGGCAACUGGCAACCCCAAGACCGAUUUCAUGGCCCCCGGAAUGACCGAGGAGAAGCCGUUUGGCCAGGUGGCGUAUGGGUCAUAGAAAAAGAAGAGCACAUGGCGAGGGGAUAUGAGCCAAAAGCAAAAGGUUCGGGUGGGAGCGACCAUGGUUACCAGGAUGUAUCACGCUUAGAAGCAUGCGAUACGGCUGGGGCCCCCUCUUUCUUAUACGCUUGCACAUAGCUGUCAACGGUGAGCAUGUUUCGUGUUGUGAACAGAAUACA